CCAGAUAAUGGAAAAGCAAAGUGUAUAUUGCCAUUAAAUACUGGUUACGAGGUUGAUCGAGUGACGGGUGAUACGGUAUUCAUGAAGAAGACGAAAGCUGGUGCGCUUAAUGGCUACGAUGUUGAUAUGCCUUUAAGAUUCACUCAUGAACGUUACGGAGCUGCUCUUAACCUGCGCAUCACUGGUCGUGAAAACACGAGGUUCUUCCCUUAUUCUCAGUUUUACUAUGAUCAUUAUUCUAUCUGUCAACCACUGCAAUACAGAUUCAAAACGAGGGACUACGUCAUUUUUGCACAUGGAAAAUCGGUAUCAUCUGAUGAACUGAUUGUUGAAGUAAGCAAAUCGAAAUUCUUUUAUUUCGUGGUGAAGAGGAAAUCAACUGGAACUGUUAUAUGGGACACAUCAAUUGGCGGUAUGAUGUUUGCUGAUAAAUUUAUACAAAUAGCCACAAAGCUACCAUCAACAAAACUUUAUGGUUUCGGUGAAAAUAUCCAUCAAACACUGAAGCAUGAUUUCACCAACUACACCACAUGGGGAAUGUUCGCCCGUGAUGAAUUCCCGAAUUCUGCUGAGAAGGAUGGCAAAAACCUUUAUGGUGUGCAUGGAUUUUAUUUGGCACUUGAACCUGACAAUAAAGCACAUGGCGUUCUCAUUCUGAACAGUAAUGCUCAAGAAGUGACAACGAUGCCAGGUCCUGCAUUAGUCUAUCGGACAAUUGGUGGAAUGCUUGAUAUAUUCUUCUUUCCUGGGCCCACACCCGAAGAAGUUAUUCAGCAAUAUACAACCUUCAUUGGUAAACCAACCCUUCCGGCAUAUUUUUCACUUGGGUUCCAGCUAUGUAGGUAUGGCUAUAAAGACUUGAAUGAAUUGAAAAGUGUUGUGAGCGAAGUGAAAGAAGCCAAAAUUCCUUUGGAUGUAGUAUAUGCAGACAUCGAAUACAUGCAUCGUUAUAACGACUUCACUGUCGGAGAGAAAUGGAAUGGUUUCGGGGAAUAUAUAAGAGACCUUAAAGUGGAAGGUAAAAGGACUAUUUUAAUAUUUGAUUGUGGCAUUCGUGCUGAUGAUGACGCAUUCGUGCGGGCAAUUGACCAAAUAAUGUUAGCUGUUGUUUGGCCUGAUGGUCAUACAGCGUUCCCGGACUUUUAUGAUAGAACCGGUAAAACGACAAAAUGGUGGAUAAAAGAAUUCGUCAAUUUUCAUGAAAAGCUGGAGUUUGAUGGUAUUUGGAUUGAUAUGAAUGAACCAGCCGCAUUUGGUACAAAUGAGCAAUAUCCGUGGUAUUUUAAUUAUGCCGAUCAUCCAAAUAUCACCUCAUUGAAAUGUCCUCUGAUUGGUGAUGAUAGUCGCUAUGAUAAUCCACCGUUUAAAACGUUUAACGUUUACAGAUACGGUGAUAAUGCUCAUGACUUUCUUGGUUCUCGUUAUGCUUCAUAAUCAACAUUCCCGUCAACAGGACAUUACGGUGGUCACUGGUUAGGAGACAAUACGGCUAGCUGGAAUGACUUAAGGACAUCCGUCAUCGGAGUACAGGAAUUCAAUCUGUUCGGAAUUCCAUACGUGGGCUCAGAUAUAUGUGGAUUUUUGGGUGAUACCAAUGAGGAGUUGUGCCUUCGAUGGCACCAAGUGGGGGCAUUCCAUUCGUUCUCUAGGAAUCAUAACGAUCGUGCCAGUAAGCCGCACCAUCCAACCGUCUGGAAAAGCGUUGCAAACAUGACUCGCCAAGCCCUUUUAAUGCGCUACUAUUACCUACCUUACCUUUACAGGUUCUCAUUUUUGUUCUUCCCAGCUCAUCAGAUCCGGAAGAUAAUUUUCAUGAUGAGUGAAGCGAUCAGAGUGAAAUUAAAUAACUUAGAUAGUAGUGAUAAUAAUGAUGACCUUCAUUUUGAAGCGGCAAUUAAUGGAGGCACCGUGAUACGGCCUGUUUUCUUCGAAUUUCCGAAUGACACAAACACUCAUGAUUUAGGAUAUCAAUUCCUAUGGGGAUCUUCAAUAAUGUUUAUACCAGUCGUUCAUCAGGGUACAGUGAUGGUUAAUGGCUACAUCCCAGAUGGAAUUUGGUAUUCGAUUCGUGAUGUGGAUUAUGGGAAUGUGAUUGAGAGUGGAAUGCAAACCUUGACUGCACCUAUCAACGACAUGUUCCCUGUUCUUGUCAGAGGCGGAAGCAUAAUCAUCCGUCAGAAACCUGAAGUAACAACAAUGGAAUCCAGGAGGAACGACCUCGAUUUAUUGAUUGCACCAGAUGAGCAUGCAAAAGCCAAUGGUUAUUUCUAUUGGGAUGAUGGUGAGAGUAUUGUUGAAGCAUUCAAGAGACAUCACUAUCUCCACUGGAAGAUGAACUUUUCAGUGGUUUCUGAUACUGCAGAACUAAUAAUCGCCUGCGAGUGGGGAACGGGUCGAAACCUGCACGUUCCUUACCUUACAUCAAUUGAUGUAUUCGGAAUGAACAAGAACGACGUGCCGAAUGAAAUGUCGGUCAAUGGAAGAACUGUAAAAGUUGAAUCAACAAUCAAACAUAACGCUGUCAACAUCAGACUACCUGGAACGGAUUUGAGUUUUCGUUCGGUUGAACUCUCAUGGAAAAUUAAAAGAGCAAUGUAG